GUUGGCUCCCUGUUUCCGGGUGGAACGAUUUGCUGGUGCACCGUGUAUGAUGGCGGCGGAAGCCGGUGGAGGGGAGCCGCUGGUCCGCUUUGUGAAACUGAGCGGCAGAGCUGCAGGCUCUAAGAAGAAGGUACGCUGGUUUCCCGUUAGGCGACUCUUCACUCAGUCCUGUCCCAGCAUCAGGAUCCCUAGCAGGUUUUUAAGAGAAGGACGGAGGUCACCCCCUGCAAGAAGUGGGCACCGAUGUGUGGCAGAUAAUACUAAUUUAUAUGUGUUUGGUGGGUAUAAUCCAGACUAUGAUGAAUCAGGUGGGCCAGAAAAUGAAGACUACCCUCUUUUUAGAGAGCUUUGGCGAUACCAUUUUGCAACAGGAACAUGGCAUCAAAUGGGUACAGAUGGCUAUAUGCCGCGAGAACUUGCAUCCAUGUCAUUGGUUUUACAUGGCUACAACCUCCUGGUGUUUGGAGGCACAGGCAUCCCAUUCGGCGAGAGCAAUGGUAAUGAUGUUCAUGUCUGUAAUGUGAAGUAUAAGAGAUGGGAAAAACUUAACUGUGAAGGAAAGAAACCCAACCGCAUUUAUGGACAGGCAAUGGCCAUUAUUAAUGGUUUUCUAUAUGUAUUUGGAGGAACAACUGGUUAUAUCUACAGUACAGAUCUACACAGGCUAGAACUCUCCACCAGAGAAUGGGUUCAGCUUAAACCAAACAACCCACCGUGUGACCUGCCGGAAGAAAGGUAUAGACAUGAAAUUGCCCAUGAUGGUCAAAGGAUCUAUGUACUAGGUGGUGGAACAUCUUGGACUGCAUAUUCCUUAGAUAAGAUCCAUGCUUAUAAUUUUGAAACAAAUACCUGGGAGGAAAUUCCUACCAAACCACAUGAAAAUCUAGGUUUUCCAGCUGCCAGAAGAUGUCAUAGUUGUGUCCAAAUAAAACAUGAAGUGUUUAUAUGCGGUGGCUACAAUGGAGAGGUAAUCUUGGGGGAUCUGUGGAAGCUAAACUUGCUGACAUUUCAGUGGACAAAGCUUCCCGCUCUGAUGCCUGAACCAGCAUACUUCCACUGUGCAGCAGUUACCCCGGCUGGCUGUAUGUAUAUCCAUGGAGGUGUAGUUAAUAUCCAACAAAACAAGAGGACUGGAUCCUUGUUUAAAAUCUGGCUUGUAGUCCCCAGCCUCUUAGAACUGUGUUGGGAGAACUUGCUGAAAUAUUUCCCCCAGCUUGCUCACCUUCCCACCAGCCAGCUUCUACAGCUCGGACUCUCACAGGGGCUUAUUGAGAGGUUAAAAUAAAGAAGCCACAUGCUCCUCGGUUUUGCCUUUUGGAGUUCUGGGAUGAAUUAGGGGCUCUCCCUGGAUGCCCGCUGCUAACAAGAUCUGGAUGCCUGGACCUUACUCAGUAUCUGUGGCCUUCGAUCCGUUUGACAUUUUAACUAGACCAGCGUAUAAAUCAGUCAUUGUUUUCAUCUUUACCGGCCAUCAUGACUUUUUCAAAGAGAACUUCUAGAUUCUUCAUACUUCAACGUGUACUUUUUAAAUAUUUAACUUAUUUUUUUCCUUUUGUUUUACAUGGAUGCUACUCUUAAUAUCUUGCUUUGGCCUUGUACUUUGUAAACAACAUACUCUUAUUAGUGUCACUGUGGCUGCAUAACAUAAGGACCAUGCAUCAUGGCUGC